AUGGCGGCGCCCCCUCAGCCGCCGCCGACGGGGCCGGGCCCUGGCCCGGGGCCGCCCGCCGCUCCCGCGCCGCCGCCGCCUCUGCCCGCCGCCCCCGGGCCGGGACCGGGGCCGGGGCAGGCUCCGGGGCCGGGGCAGCCGCCGGGGCCGCCGCUGCCGGCGCAGGUGGCGGCUGCGCAGGCGCAGGACUUCGACCCGGUGCAGCGGUUCCGCCUCCUCAUCCCCCAGCUGAAGGAGAGCCUGCAGACCCUGAUGAAAGUGGCGGCGCAGAACCUGGUGCAGAACUCCAACAUCGACAACGGGCAGAAGAGCGCCGACGGGGCUUUGCAGCGCUUCGACAAGAGCCUGGAGGAGUUUUACGCCCUCUGCGACCAGCUGGAGCUCUGCCUUCGCCUGGCCCACGAGUGCCUCUCGCAGAGCUUCGACAGUGCCAAGCAUGCCCCCGCCCUGGUACCGGCGGCCCCCAAAGGCGAGGGGGGGGCAGGCGAGACCCUCCCCUACACCCAGUACCUGCCCCUCAUCAAGGCCCAGAUCGCCGGCGCCAAGGACAUCCACAACGCCCUGCUGGAGGGGGCCAACAAGAUCACCGGCAAGCUGCCCCCCCCGGGGGGGCCCUGAGUGGUUUGGGGGGCCCCCAUGGGGAUCACAGACCCCCUCCAA